GGCACCACCACCUCUCUCUCCCCAGUUCCGCCUCGCUUCCUUCUCCCCAAGCCCUGCACGCGAAACCCGUCUCGCCCAGGCGCGCGCGCGGCCGGGAAGGAUGGCGCCGUCCAAGCAGUACGACGAGGGCGGGCAGCUCCAGCUCAUGGAGGCCGACCGCGUCGAGGAGGAGGAGGAGUGCUUCGAGUCCAUCGACAAGCUGAUCACGCAGGGAAUAAACGCAGGAGACGUGAAGAAGCUGCAGGAUGCGGGGAUCUACACUUGCAAUGGCCUGAUGAUGCAUACCAAGAAGAGCCUUACAGGGAUCAAGGGCCUGUCUGAAGCAAAGGUUGAUAAGAUCUGUGAGGCUGCUGAAAAACUUCUGAGUCAGGGUUUCAUGACAGGAAGUGAUCUCCUUAUCAAGCGGAAGUCUGUUGUUCGGAUUACCACUGGGAGCCAAGCGCUUGAUGAGCUGCUUGGAGGAGGGAUUGAAACACUCUGCAUCACAGAGGCAUUUGGAGAGUUCCGGUCAGGAAAGACCCAGUUGGCUCAUACUCUUUGUGUCUCCACUCAGCUUCCACUCCACAUGCAUGGUGGGAAUGGGAAGGUUGCCUACAUUGACACUGAGGGAACAUUCCGCCCUGAGCGCAUCGUGCCAAUUGCUGAGAGAUUUGGGAUGGAUGCCAAUGCUGUUCUUGACAAUAUCAUAUAUGCUCGCGCAUACACCUAUGAGCACCAGUACAACUUGCUCCUGGGCCUUGCUGCCAAGAUGGCUGAAGAGCCUUUCAGGCUUCUGAUUGUGGAUUCUGUGAUUGCCUUAUUCCGUGUCGAUUUCAGUGGUAGGGGUGAACUUGCAGAGCGUCAGCAAAAACUGGCUCAGAUGCUGUCCCGCCUUACAAAGAUUGCUGAGGAGUUCAAUGUUGCAGUGUACAUCACCAACCAAGUGAUUGCGGAUCCAGGUGGUGGUAUGUUCAUAACUGACCCCAAAAAGCCGGCGGGAGGCCACGUGCUGGCACAUGCAGCCACCAUCCGGUUGAUGCUGCGGAAAGGCAAAGGCGAGCAGCGCGUCUGCAAGAUCUUUGAUGCCCCUAACCUUCCUGAGGGAGAAGCAGUUUUCCAGAUCACAACAGGCGGGCUGAUGGAUGUGAAAGACUGAAUGUUCAUCCAGGCGCUUCUCUGUCUUAUCUGUUGAUAUGUCUGUUAGCAAAAUCCAUAGCAUGUGUAGGCUUUGACAAAAGCUACUGCACAGUUACUCUGUUCUUGCCACUGCGGAGAAAUUAGGAAAAACUAUGUUGUUUAUAUACCUUCUGUUGGUUAUUCUGUAAGCUCGCAAGGUCAAGCAAUUGUAACGAGGACAAAGUUUUCUCCUGUUCUUUGCUUC